AUGAGCUCCUCGCUCAAGCGGCUGCUCUGCGAUGUCUCUAGCGUGCGCAUCGCUAAUCGUCUGAGCAUGACGACGUUGCCCCGUGCCGUGAUGGAGCUCGUGCUUUCUUUCGCGGUCAAGAACGUGUCGGAGGCCAAGGUGCUGCCCACGAAGCGACGAGGCUGGAGACGACUAGUGCGUCCUGACAAGACGCCACUGGCCACAAUAGCCGAGUGGCGACUGGUCUGUCAGUAUUGGCGCGAUCUUCUAGGAGAAAUUCUGACACAGUAUCAACAACGCACCGUCAAGCUCAAUCUUUCGCACAAGGCAGCGAAUCAGCAGAUGGCGUUGCUAAGUGACGUGGCCGCUACUGGAUCGAGGGUUGUAGAGCUGCGGGUGGCUCUGUUCGGACACACGACAAGAAGUGUCGGCACAGAGAGGACGCAGGUCGUGGAUUGGCAGGCGUUGCUCAGUUCGUGCCCGAACUUACAGCGACUCGACGUGUCCAAGAUGGCGUAUCUAUCGCGACGGGAUCUGGCAAAAGUGCUUGAUGUAGCUUCACAGUAUUGCUUAAAGAUGAAAGCACUGGUGCUACCGCUACCGAUGCGAUGGAGUAAGCGUGCACCGAAGAUCAUUGGCGCUUAUCGCAACGAUAUCGACGACGUCGCUCUUAUCAAGCAUCUGUCUGCAGCUUUAGAGCGCUGGUUCGUUCGAGGUCAUUGCGGUGGACUGCGUCAGCUUGUGAUUCCACAUAUCCCAGCUCUAUCGAACCAGUUCUUAACUGCAGUCGCUCGUUUCUGUCCUAACGUGGAGAUUCUAGAUGGCUGGAAGCUCACGUACGUCAAUGAUGGAUGGGGUGCUGCUCUGUGCGAUGAAGAAUGGCGCGUCUCACUGGAUAUCUGGGGGAAUUUCUGUAGUCAAUGUUCUGACCUACGCGAGUUUAAUUGGGGCUCCACUCAAAAGUGUCGUCUGACUGACCUUUCGUUCGAUUUUACUGGCGCCUUUCUUCGAAGUAAAAGAACGUCGGUGAGUGCCAGCUCGGUACUUGCAACUACGAUCGGAUUAAUGACGAGAGCUGAGCAGUUGAUCCGGACGUGGUCGCUACAAGCUGCAGCGGCGGUUGAGUUAGCGAUCGAGACUGAAAUGUCAUCGCUUGACGAUGCCUCGCGUCCGUACUCGUCUGCUGGCCUCUGUUCACUCGUACGUGGACUGCCAUUUCUGCGUUCUCUCAAGGUUUUUCUCCAUCCAAGAUAUCGAAUCGACCUCGACGUCUUCGAUGACGAUUUCUUGUGGCAACUGUCGAAGACGUCGCCAUAUCUUGGACAGUUUAACUUCGCAGAGGCCGGGAAAUAUGCUGGUCCACAAGCUCUCGACUGUGUUACUGAUCAGGGUUUGUUGUCGCUUGCCGGUAUGACCCAUCUCUCGGAUAUCUCGAUCGCUGCAUUGUCGAGUACGUCGGGCGAUGGAGUCUUCCCAUUUAUUCAAAGCAUGUCGUCGACCAUCCAGCAACGCAAUGUCAAAAUUGGUGUCAUGCAGGAUUUUGACAAAAUUAUUCUGCCAUUAUUGGAACUGGUGGCGCAAGAACCUGCUGGCGCAUUUACCGACAAGGCGUUCGCAUUGCUGCUGCUGAACGUCGGCCAUCUUCGUGACUUUACACAGAAACUGUGUCGUCCUCAAGAGUGGGAAGGCAAAUUCCACGAAAUUCGACUAAAACUCGAAUCCAACCACCCGACAGUGCGUUUCCAGAUGACGCUGGAGCGCGAAAUGCCUAGUCUGGGUACAAAUACCGCCGCGGAAGACGGCGACAACUUCUCCAUUGCGAAAUUCGCGGUCUUUACCACCGACUGGAAACACCAGGACGUGGCUGAAGGCACUUUUUACCGCGGAGACAUCACCAACUCGACCCCAUUCGAGUGGAUCGUCAGAUCCUGA